UUGGGAUCGCGCCAGGUGUGCGCUACCAUUGGCUGCGCAGACCGAUCAGGCAGACCGCUGGACCUCGGCAGGGGGGCUCAAGCCAGUGCCCGACCCUGCGCAGCACCCACCCGCGCACGCUCCACCGCUGCCGCCGCUCGACCCUUUUGCGAACAUGCCUCUGCGCGUGGUGGUCAAGAACACGUUCCUGGACUCCGUGCACAUCGAGGGCACGACCGCUGCGCCCGAGUGCGUGCCCCAGGCCAGCUCGUGCCCGCCCCGCACCGCCUCCCGCACGGCCCCCGCGGGCCUGCCGCUCACCAAGCUCCACGCCCCGGCCGGCCCCGACCCCGAGGAGGAGGACCGCCUCAGCUCCUGCUCGCUCUCGGACCGCGGCCCCGGCCUCGUCGGCGCCGUCGGCCACGCCCUCGCGCCGCAGGCGCCCGGCAGUCCGAGGGCGCCUCUGGGCAAGGUCGGCGGCCGCGUAGACGCUCCAGGCUCUCUGGUCGCAGACGUCCCACCACAUGCACCUACCAAGUCUGACACGAGAACCACAGUGAUGCUGCGCAAUCUGCCACGCAGCUACACACGCAAGGAGUUGGUUGGAAAGCUGAACAAGAUGGGGUUUGCCGGGGGUUUGCGUAUUUCGUCUACUUGCCAAUGGACUUCAAGAGCAAGCAGAGCAAGUGCUACGGCUUCGUGAACUUGGUUUCUGAGGAGCACGCAAAGUGCUUGAUCGGUAAGUUCGAUGGCUUCGGGCACAUGUCGAAGUCUGCGUCCCGCUUCCGUCGCUGUUCAGCGUCUCUGUCUUACUUGCAGGGUCUGGAAGCGAACAUCGAUCGGUACCGAAACAGCCCCGUGAUGGCCAACGGGGUCCCUGACUGUUUCAAGCCUGCGAUCUUCGCCGGCACGCAACGGGUACCUUUCCCCCAGCCGACCACAAAGUAGCGGCGGAGAUUUCCCCUCGGCGCAUCGUUCCUUGCGCCGUCCCCCCACGGAGCCACAUGAGAGGCGUAGUGGCACUCGUCCUUGUCUUUUUCCUCCCCCUUCUCCUCGACGUCGUCUGGGGGGGCGUGGCUACGGGGGGGCCCUCAUCCCCUCUGUUUAGGAGUGCGCCCCGGGUCCCCCCUUUGGGAGUGGGCCACGGGCGCGCGCUCUCUCGCAUUUAUGUUCUAGGCAUGAAGCUGGCGUCCACAGGCCUGUUCCAAGCAGUCCACUGCAUGCAUUGGCAGGUGGCGUGGGUGCGUGCACGUGGAUGUGCGCAUAUGCACCUAUAGUGGGAAGAUAACUCCAGCCCAAGUUCCAGUCGGUCUCUUCGAUUCCUGCCAGUUCGCAGCCUCCCGAGGGAUUUCCAUGGGCCCCGCGUCGUUGGAGGCGCUCCAGGGGCGCUCAACGGCCGCGGCGGCCUCGCCCUGCGUCCACCCAAUGACGAGCGCGGACCUGCUCGCCGUUCAUGCGCCGCGCGCGGCGCAUAGUUUUACGCGGCCGGCAGAUCCCCAGAGAGUGCCCCUCACUCACUGUGCGGACCGUCCGCCGUUCUUUUCGCUGCGGGCGCGGGCGCUCCACCCGAAAUCCAUCCGAACGGCCGCCUGAAUGGCCGCCUGAGGCCAGGACCAGCGUGAACGAGGUCUCGAGCGGCCGGCGCAAUUGAGCCUGGAACCCUUCGCAGCGGUUCCGCAAUUGUGGUUGACCACAGCAGCAGGGG